AUGCCUGGAGGAAUUCAUUUUCUAUUCGGCCUCAUUCUCUUUUAUAUUCUCCAAUGGAUUUCCUAUUUCCUGCGGAAACAUCAAGCCAAGAAAACAUCAUCAGCUUUUGCCUCACGAAAUGGGGACGCCCUUCAUGAUGAUAACAACAAUAAUUGCAUCACCACCACAACAUCCUCUCGUGAUGUUCAAGUUGUUACUUCCGCCUCGAUGAUCAUGAAGGACAACAAUAACGUUCAUCCUCGCCCUUCUCAUCAUCAAAAACCCUCUUCUCCCUCUUCAUUGCCAUCGCCGUCUUUGUGUUCAUCCGAAAAUUUGAAAAUCCAUGAAGAUGACCAUCAAACAAAACCUCUCACACCUCUUCUUCAUCGAAUUUACCACCGAAGGAUCGAUCGAGAAUGGUUUCAAUUUGGCAUUAUUGUCGGGUCAGUGAUGCCCGAUGUUGAUUUGUGCAUUGCCAUUGUUUCCAUUGUGUUUUGUUACCUCUUUCUAGGAUAUGAUGGUGAGGAUAAUAGACAAGUGGCUGAAUCCGUGCAUCGAACAGCCACUCAUUCUCUUAUCAUUUGCAUUCCCUUACUGAUUCUAUUCAUUUACAUGUAUAAUAAGAGGGAUCAUUAUAUUCUCAACAAGAAGAAGAAACAAUCACUCAAUUUACAAUUAUCUACAAAAAAUCACACAAUGAAUAGUAACAUGACCACCACUCAUAUUCGAGUGACUGACAAUUGUGAAUUAAUUCGGACAAACGCACUCACCAAUGAUAAUUCCACCCCAACUCUGACGACAAGUGACGACGAUGUUCAGGCAAGCACGCUGUCAUCUCGGUUGAGUGACGAAAAUCCUCAUUUACAUGAACACUCGCCGAGUAUCGAUGAUGACGCUCCAAGUGGCCUAAAGGUAAAGGCAGCAGCUCCUCUCAAUAAUAAGAAUUUCAACUUUUCACCUCAAAUCAUAGGAACAAGUUCAAGUCUUGAGCACGUGAGUCAUUCUCACAAUUCCAAUCAUCCAAGUCACCAUCACAAAUCCAAGCCUUACAGUGAAUUGCCACUAUGGGAAAAAUUCGUGAGAGAUUUCAAAUGGCUAAAUUUGCCUUUUGCCAUUGGAUUUCUUGUCGGAGCUAUUUUCCACAUUUUCUUGGAUGUGAUUUACAUGAAGGGUGUAAAAUUAUUUUGGCCUAUUUAUGGUGAAGAAAUCUUUUGUGAAAUUCCGUGGCUCUACUUGUAUGAUAAUUUCAAAUAUUCCCCAAUGGUUCAAAAGGUGAUUAUGACCUGUGAUCAUACCAGCGAGAUUUUGUUUUACAUUGCCAUAUUAUAUUACAGAAGAAGGACUGGAAAAACAGGUUCAUCAUUGAGUGGCGAGCAUGAAAUUGAGGAAGAGGCAAAACCUGCCCAUCCAAAUCCAAAUCACUCACUCUUCCAACAUCACCACAAGCGUAAUGGCAAUGUUGUAGUUUUUCAAAAACAUAGAACCUUUAUUAAUUUAUUGAAACACUUGAAAAACUUGCCACAUUCCUACACUGAAUUUAUUAGGGAACUUUGGAAUGCAUCAGAAGAUGAUUGGGACACAAUUUUCAAGUAUUUCUGUCUAUUGCAAAUAUUCGCCAUUUGGUUCACAUUUUCACUCAUGUAUUUCUUCUUCCCAGAGAUGGGCUUUGUGCAAUUUGUUAUUUUCAUCUACUUCCCAGGAACUGUAUGCGUUCUGAUUUCACUGUUGGCUCCAUUUUGUUUUAGAGAGACGUUGAGCACGUGGGAUUGGUCGAAUUUAAUUCAUGGAACUCCAAAACAUGUCGAUCCUCUCUCUGUUCACCUUCAUCAAGGAUCAAUUGCAAUAGGAAAGUAUCAACACCAAGAUUUGGUUGUGACGCAAUAA